UCAUCGUCUUCAAAUUCUCAGUAACAGUCCAGUGUACGGUCGACUCGCGAGCAUUUCAUCUUGACGCUGUUUAGUGAUUCCGGGCGGUGAACCCGGAUUCGCGCCAAGCGGCCAUGAUGACGUAAUCAAGUCGCCGUCGGCGCGAUGGUCGUAGCCGCGCCGCGCGCAUGCGCCCCGCGCGCGAGUCCGUAACCGGCGCGCCGCGUCGCAUUUGGAUUUGCAGCCGGCGCAGUUGCAUCGAAUUCCGCGUUUCCCGCGAGUUCUCGUCGCGACUCUCUCCGUCUGAUACUGUGCGUGGUCGUCGAACGAUUUCGCGGGUGGCGAGAGAAAGUCGAUGAUCGAUCGUGUUCGCGAUCGCGAUCAAGUGUUCGAAGUGCUACGAGAAGCUACGAGAGUUUCUCGACGCGUUCGUUUCGCGAAGUAUUUUCGUCGUCGUGUCUCGCGAAUGCGAAUCUUCAUCGCCGAAGAAUUAAUAACGCGAAAAACAGCAGGGUCGAUGAACCAUCGUUUUAUUAUAUCGUUAGGAAUGCGAUACGUGAAGACCGCCAUGUUUGCGUCGCGAAAUUCGGAUCGCGGCGGAAAUAGUCAUCGCCGUGGUUCCCGCGCUUCCCGUCGACGAUGAAUCGCGCAUUAUGGCGGAAAUGAUCGCGAGUGUCGCGUGAAGAGAGUCUCGCGUUUCGCGAAAUAAUUCUUCUCGUGGUGAUUGAAGAAUAUAAUCAACUGCGUCGCCCUUGACAAGAAAAAGGACAACGUAUUUACAUUAAGAUACUUUGAUGGGACGAUUCACGGUGCUCCGACAGCAGUACAACGAUCGGUCGGCGGAUGGACGUGCCAGCCGCUGGAAAGCCCGAAUCCGGAGGAAAGUACGAAGAAGCCGGUAAUCAUCGCCGUCGUCAUCAUCGCCGCGGGCGGCGCAGAAGGACAACUGAGUUGACGAAAGUCGACCGAUUUACGAAGAGGAAAAGAGAAAGGAAGAAGCGCGAAGCAAGUAAGUAAGCAACGACACGGAGCAUCAGUUAAUCACCGUCAUUGCGGUCGAUCGAGGCGAACGAAGAAGAGGAAGAAGAAGAAGUGGGAAAAAAGGAAGCAGGAGAAGCACCCGUUGGUGGGAGAAACGAUCGGUGAAGGAGAAAAGUCUCAGUUCGCCUCUGAAGACAUAAACGACGUAGACAACGUCCGACCACGUGAAUGUGUUCCCAUCAUCCGUAGCUUAGGCGAGAGUGAUUGCCAAUUCCCAUUCAUUCAUUGGCAACAUGCGGUAGACGCUAAUCUCGAUCGAGAAGCCGAUUAUAGUGAUUUUCUUACGAAUUAUUUUCAAAUUGAUUUUACUUGAUUAGUCUUCUUCCUUUUAUAUUUUAUACCUUUUGAGAGAAUUUUGAAGAGCUCAACAAGUAUUUAUAUUUGGAAUAUUUCACAUUUUACGAAUAACUUGAGGAGAUUAUCAGGAUUAUUUAGCGAUUGGAGAGAGAGAGGAAUUAUUCCGUGGGAUUUCUGUUCCGGCUAUCUCGUGCUUUGAUCGUCCUGAACGGAUUCUCCGAAUCACUCAUUCGGUUUGAAUCUUCAUUCCUGCUUCGUGUUUCGUGGGUAGAAGAUCCUGAAGAGACUCGAGAGACCAGUCGGUGGAAUCUCGAUCUCUUCUACUUCGCGUGCGCUUUGAUUAUUCCGAAGGGACUCCGAAUCGUCAGUGGAAUCUUCAUCUUCGCUACUUGAAUUCCAAAGGGACUCAAAGUGUUAUUAUUAUUCGUGGUAUGUGAUCUCGUUGGUAUAUUUGACUUUGACAGUGACAGUGCUUUCGUUUUUUUUAAAUCGUUAUUAAGUUAGCGAAUUGGCGUGAAACUCUCGUUCGUGGAGAACAUCGGAACAAUCUCUCGCGAGUGUUGUAUCAGUGUUGCCUCUUCUUUUUAGGGAAACUGGACAGAUGCGCUCCUUUGCGAAGAUGAUGCGUCACAUCCUCAUCGUCGUCCUUCUUGCCGUGCUCGUCAACGGAGCACCGAGAUCAUCGAUCAUCUACGCGGACGACAAAGCGCAAAAUUAUCUCAUGAGAUUCGGUUAUUUACCCCAGACUGAUUUCGAGACGGGAAAUCUACGGACAGAGGACCAACUCAAGGAUGCUAUAAGAAAUCUACAGAAAUUCGGUGGUAUUCCCGUCACGGGGGAGAUCGAUGAGGCAACGAAGGGAUUAAUGACUGCCAAGAGAUGCGGACUGCCAGAUCAGCCGGAUCCUAGAUUUAUCAGGACGAGGCAUAAGCGAUUCACCAUCCACGGACAACAAUGGCAAUAUCGAAAUCUCACCUGGAGUUUGAGAUCCGAGCAGCCCAGCGGUCUGGACACAGGCGGGGUCCGACUGGAAUUGAGCAAGGCUCUCAACCUUUGGGCUAGAAAUUCGAAACUCACCUUUCAAGAGAUCAACAGCGACCACGCCGACAUCCUGGUCUACUUCCAUCGGGGUUAUCACGGAGAUGGAUAUCCGUUCGAUGGCAGAGGUCAGAUCCUGGCGCACGCGUUCUUCCCGGGCAAGGAUCGCGGCGGGGACGCUCACUUCGACGAGGAGGAGAUAUGGUUGCUGAAGGACGAUAGCAACGAGGAAGGUACCAGUCUGUUCGCGGUGGCCGCUCAUGAAUUCGGUCAUUCCCUGGGACUGGCGCACAGCUCGGUCCAGGGAGCGCUUAUGUAUCCCUGGUAUCAGGGACUGAGCCCUAACUACGAGCUGCCGGAGGACGACCGGCAUGGGAUUCAGCAGAUGUACGGUGCUCCCGAGGACAGGCUAUGGGGCAACAUACCGGGUGGCCCGCCGCCACCAGAGCGACCGCCACCGCCACCCCCGACAACGACUACGACGACAACAACGAUGUCGACGUACAGACCCUGGAGGACGAGGCCUACUAGGCCCAAUCAUUAUCCGGACGAUGGCAGGCCUCGACAACCGGGUCGUUAUCCGCAAAAACCUGAAUAUCGACCACAUAAGCCCCAUCGUCAUCACCCGACAUGGUCGACGACGACGACAACGAUGAGGCCUACACCGAGGUUUAGACAUCGAGGGACCCCACCGCAACGAGACGACGUGCCCGAUAAGUGCGACACCAGCUAUGACGCCAUCAGCAUCAUUCGCAGGGAGGUCUUUAUCUUCAAAGGACGGUAUCUGUGGCGAAUAGGAGAUCGCGGGAUCUACGAGGGAUAUCCAGCAGAGAUUACCAGGCUAUUUAACUUACCGCCGAGCAUCGAUCACGUCGAUGCCGUGUAUGAACGCCCGGACAAGAAAAUAGUCUUCUUCGUCGGUCGUGAAUACUAUGUCUUUGACGCCAUCAGCCUGGAAGCGGGUUAUCCGAAACCAUUGACUAACCUGGGAUUGCCAGCUUCUUUGGAGAAAAUCGACGGCGCCAUGGUGUGGGGUCAUAAUGGCAGAACUUAUUUCUUUAGCGGUUCCAUGUAUUGGAGAUUCGAUGAAUCUGUUAAUUACGUGGAACUCGAUUAUCCAAGAGACAUGAGCAUGUUCGCCGGCGUUGGGAACGACAUCGACGCCGUUUUCCAAUGGAAAAAUGGCAAGACGUACUUUUUUAAAGGUAAAGGUUUCUGGGAGUUUGACGAUCUCAGGAUGAGGGUGGCGCACGAGAAACAAAAACUCUCGGCGCCAGUCUGGAUGGGCUGUCCGCCGCCGGAAGUGGAGACCAAUGACAUAGAAACUAAUCUGCCUAGGAAAUCGAGGAUUGUGUCGGCUUCCGCCGCCUCCGCGGGGAGAAUCGUGCCGAUACUCGCGAUAAUCAUUGCUAUCUUUGUCAUGAGAAUAUAAUAUUAUCGCUGUAAUACAAGUGUCCUUUCAGCCACCAAACGGCAUUUCGCACGGGAUAUUUAGGUGGCGAUGUCGAUGAAAAUGAAAAACGACGUAUCGAUCAAAAUUCAAAGUUUGUGCUUUGAAUUUAUAGCAUAAAUAUCAAUUUCUCCGCCGAUUCUAAUAAAAAAAAUCGCGAUUACGGUUUGAACAAAAUUCGAGGAAUGAUAUCGAACUAAGUCACUAAGGGAAUUUCAUUUUCAAAGAGAGGAAAUAUUUUAUGAAAUGGCAAUCGAUGAAUCAUGAAAAUAUCAUGAUAUCAUGUUAUAUGAAAUAAAAAUAAAUAAAAAAGAUGAUAAUUUUUACAGAAUCACUUUUAUAGUAUCACUUUUUGUAUGUAUAUCUCUUAUAAAAAUAUAAUAUUUAUAUCGAUAUAAAAAUUUCAGAGUCCUCUCUCAUAGGAAAGAAGUGACUUAGUUCCAUAUCUUUGAUACCAGCAUUUCCUGGAAAAAUCGCGCUCUGGAGCUGCGCAUAUUUUUGAGCAUUUUUCUAUAUCGUCUUUUUACAUGGCAUUUAUAUACAAAGUAAUUAAUUUAAGAGAUAAUUUAUAUUGUACGAUGAACGAUAUAAUAAUCGAUCCUCGAAAAAAUGUAAAUUCUUGAGGAUAUUUCACAAUCUUGCGCGCGAUUCUAACAAUUACUAACUACCACUGCCAAGAAAAUCCAAUAUUUUUCAUUAUUUUUUUUUUGCUACAGAGAUUUUAAAUCGAGAUAGAGAUCCUUGUUAUUCCAAGGAUACGCGCCAUCCAUAAGAAAUUCCGUACGACCUUCCGUAAAUGACGUAAUUAUUAUUCGUGACGCGAUUAUUAUUCGGAAUCUUUGUAGAUGAAGAUAGUUGAUUCCGACAAGAGCACGUAUUUUAUAUAAAUAUUGUAUUAAUUAUUAAUAUAAUCGUAUAAUUUAGCGAAAAAGGACACAGGCAAAACGCAGUGUCGCCAGUUUUGUAAACUGUGAUAUUUAUAUACCGCGAUAUCUCGAGUAGUUAGGCAUAAUGUCAAAAGGGAAUAGCGUAAAAGCAAUCUCGCAGAUUUAUAUAUGUAUACGGUGCAGUGUAUUCCUGAAAUAUUUGCAUGAAUUUUGCGAACAUAAACUUUCAACUUACAAUUAAAAGAAAUUGAUUUUUUAAAAUUUUUUCUUUAUAUUUUUCAUUUAACGAAAAAAAUAUUUCAAGAUAGAAAUAAAUAGAAAAUCUUAUUCCGCAUUUUUAAUCUUAAUUGAACUUUGAUUCGAAGAGAGAAUUUUUGGUUCAAGUUUCAAUAUAAUCUAAUUUUUAAGAUCAAAAAAGAUGGAAAAAGAAUGCAUCUGUCAUUAAAAUUUAAUAAAGAAAAGUCGACUUUAAAUUGAACUCGAAAUACAUUUGCAAAGUUUAUAUAAAUAUUUCUAUGUAAAAAUACACUUUCGUAUAUAUUUAUACGUGUUAUAUAUAUAAUAAAAAGUUAUAUUAAGUCGUGCGUGUUGCAGAAUGUAUCGUAUGUUUAUAAAGCGUGCAGCAACAAGAUGGGGACAAACGAUACAAAAUGAUAUUAUAUUUCUGUUAUCGAUUAAUUCAAUGAUUUUGAUUGAGUAUAUCUUUGUUGAGAAAAACGAAAUGCAUCGAAGCGAUGUAUCUCACUCGCAAUUUAACCGAAAACGUGAGAUGAGAAAAAACCCUCCCCUCUGUUUAUUCCAAACUUAAGGGAUAAUUAACAUAAAAUGUGUAAUGUUAUAUGCUAUAUGUAUUUUGUAUUGCAAGUUCGUGCUUUAUAUGUGUAUAUACGGAAAUAAAAUGACUUUGCCGAACAAA